AUGGAAAUUCUUGAAAAUUGUGAUGGCUUACCACUUGCAAUUAAAGUGAUUGGAGGACUCUUGAGCACAAGAUACACAAGUGAGCAUGAGUGGAAAGCUGUUCUGAACAUGCCUGCAUGGUCACUGACUGGACUGCCUCUAGAACUAGACAACUGGCUGUACUUGAGCUACGAGGAUUUGUCUCCCCAAUUAAAGCAGUGCUUUUUGUAUUGCUCGAUGUUCCCUAAAGGUGUAGCAAUCUUACAAGUCGAAGUUACUGAAAUGUGGAUAAGUGAAGGACUUAUUCAACCACCAGAUAAAAGAAGAAGUACCAGUUCACAUGAGUAUGGGUUGGAAGACAUAGCAACUGAGUAUUACCUAGAGUUAAUAAAGAGGAAUCUUAUGGAACCUAUGGAAGGAUAUUCUCUCACUGGAUACAAGUGCACCAUGCAUGAUGUGGUCCGAUCCUUUGCUGAAUAUAUGGUAAGAGAAGAAUCAGUUGUGAUGGUUGGCCAAGAGCAGGCUACUACCAGUGGUGGUGGGAUGCUUGUACGUCGCCUAUCUAUAGGACAAACCGUAUCAGUGGUGGAAUGGGCUGUUUUGCAAAGGCACGAGUCACUUAGAACAUUAAUUGUAAACUCUAGGGUAAACUUUCAUCCUGGUGAUUCGGUGGGUAGUUUCUCCGGUCUACGUGUGCUGUACAUACUAUCUGCCGAUUCUGAUACACUAGUUCCCUCUCUGUCUAUGUUGAAGCACUUGAGAUACCUUCACUUAGAGGAUACUGAUAUAUCUAGGCUCCUAGAUGACAUCCACAAGAUGAAAUUCCUACUAUACAUUUCACUUGGUCACUGUAAGAGGCUAUGCUAUCUUCCUGGCAGCAUCAUAAGACUUGUGCAUCUAAGGUCUCUUGACAUCGAUGGAUCAAAUGUUAGUGUCAUGCCUAAGGGGUUCAGUGAGUUAACAAAUCUGAGAUCACUUUAUGGCUUCCCAGUACACGUGGACAUGGAUGCAAGCAAUAGCUGGUGCAGUUUGCAAGAGCUAGAGCCUCUCUCUCAACUUAGGUAUCUUACACUAGAUGGCCUAGAGAAGGUGCAGGACAGCCGGAUGGCUGAAAGGGCCAUGAUUAGCAGCAAAUGGCACCUUGGGUAUCUACAGAUGAAUUACAGUGCAAGUAGACAUACUAUAGAUGAGGCAGAGCAGCAGCAACAACAGAGUGUGACCGAGGAAGUCUUGGAAAAGCUCUGCCCUCCAACCUGCCUAGAGAAUCUAAGUGUGAUAGGAGGAUACAUUGGUCGCCGGCUACAAGACUGGAUGUGUGCUCCAGCAUCGGCAGAGUUUAAGAGCCUAAGGUAUUUGAGGCUGGAGAACCUGCCUUGCUGCACCCAGCUCCCUGAUGGUCUGUGCUGCCUCCCAAGUUUGGAAUUGCUGAUCAUCAUAGACGCGCCAGCCAUCAAUCGUAUUGGCCCCCAAUUCCAAGCGUUAUCGUCCAUGGCAGCUGGAGGUUCCGCUGCUUGUACAUCUGCACCGUUUCCGAAACUGAGAGAGCUAUAUCUGGUUGGGCUACGCCUCGCUAGCACCAAGAGGCAUACUCUUAGACAACUACACCUGUACGAGCUCUCCAACCUGACACAUGUGGAGAACAUCCCUUCAGUUGUGGAACUUGACGUGUUUGAUUGCCCUGAGCUGAAGAAGAUCACAACACUUGACAGCAGGUUGCAGAAGAUUAGGAUCAUUCGUUGCACAAAGCUGGAGGUUCUAGAAGGUGUACCAGCACUCGACAGCCUCGUACUGGCGGACGCCACCAUGGACACGCUUCCAGGAUACCUGCGAGCUGUAAACCCAAGGUAUCUCAAGUUGGAUUGCAACAAGAAGCUAUACGAAUCCUCCUCAUCUUCAGGUAGCUCCGAAUGGGACAAGAUCAGCCACAUUGGAAAGCACAAGAUUGUCUGCCUCGAAGAUUGA